AUGGAGUGUCUGGAAGUGCACACUGGACGGCGUUCAGACAGAUUGGCGCAGAACAGCAGCGAGUCGAACCACACACGACCGCGCCAGGUUGACCUGGUCAGUCCGACUGAGGGGGUCAAGGAUUAUCAGCAGGACUUCAAUGGGCAAUCUCAAGACAUGUGGGGCAGAGUCCUCCCUGGCGUGCUGCGGCGACUGCUCUUGUUUCAAGAGUUGUCGACGCAAGGCUGA